AUGGCCUCCUCAAGCUCUGAACCUACUGCUAUGCAAAAAUGGAUUAAUUCUGAGACGAAUAAACCCAAUUUCGCGCGGCAUGGUCAAGAGAAUCUCGAAGCUCGCACUGUCGCGGCAUCGGAGCUCAUUGUCGAAGGUUUUUACCAUCACGCAUUCAAGGGCAUCAUCCAGUUUCUGAGAAUGGCGGAACGCUACGCUACUGGGGGGCACCAUAUCCAGGGGCGCGCCCUUCAACAACACGCCAACGCCAUUCUGAAGGCAAAAGGCAGGGGAGGCACGGCAUCACAGAAAUGGGCCCAGCGUUUCAUGAAGCGAUGGGGACGGUAUUUCCAUCGCCGGAAAGCAGCUUCACGAGACGUUAAGCGAAAGGCGAUGCAAGACCGAGCUUGUGUCGAGGCAUUCUUCCAAGACUGGUCGAAUUUCAUCGCGAGGCACGAUAUCCGGCGCGAAAAUAUCUGGAAUUUUGACGAGACGGGCUUCAUGGUUGGCUAUAUAAAUAAGGGCACCUUCCUCUGGACUUUUAACGACAUUGAGAAGCCCGUUCUUUCGGAUUCUCACGAGACUGUCUCUCUCUUCCCGUUGCCGCCUCAUCUUACCCAUUAUCUCCAGCCGCUCGACGUUGGUGUCUUCCGGUCAUACAAGCACUGGCACCAGCAAGUUGUGUAUCGUGAGGUUGCUGACGGCGCGAGUGACUUCGGCAAGACCGACUUCCUCUACCAUCUUCAAGAGAUUCGCAAUCGAACGUUCAAGAAGCAUACGAUGCUCUCGACGUGGGAGAAGUGCGGUCUUUUCCCACACAAGCCGUCGAUGGUUCUCGAUAACCUCCAAGAUGCGUUAUCAUCGCUUACGAAAGAAGUAGAUAAGCGAGAUCUUCCCUGCUUCAUCCAGGAAGGCAACUUCGACCAAGCACGCAAGGCUGCGAAUACCCUCGCUCUCAAUGGCAUUACAGCUACAGAUGAGAUGCGCCGUGUUAAGGAAAAGCAGCUUAGCCGCGCGGCCCUCAAGGAGAAGACACGAGUUAUAGGGAAAUACGGGCCCUUGAGUGUCUACGACGCGAGAGUCCGGGUCGCACGAGACGAAUAUAACAGACUGGGUGCCAAGGCAGAGGAACAACGCCGGAUGAAGAAGAAGGAGGCACGAGAUGAAGCUGCCUACUUACGACGAUGGCUUCGUGACGUCAGAGGGACCGUUCGGAAUAGCAUCAAAGAGACGAGGACCUCGCAAAUGCGGCUCCAAGGAGGCUGGACUAAGGGCGACCGGCGGGUGCAUCUCAAUAGCACCGAGUGGCUUUGUUAUCGUUGGUGCACCUUCCGGGAAUUAUCGUACAAACGCAAGUUCUACGACAGCCUCACUUAUCAUCAUGAGUACGAUCACGCCGCUGUACACGAGGCGGCAGACUUGGUGAUAUUAGAGCACAAAGAGCGCACAAGGAGCCGUAAGGUGCUAUCUCUGGAAGCUGACGGCGUUGACAUACCAUUGAACGACAUUGAUGAAACUUCUAGCAAUGAUUCUAAGGCUGUCGAUGAGGAUGAAGGUCUAGAGAUCGAUGAAAGUACAAUUGUAUGCAGAAUAUAG